AUGGACGGCCUUGAGGAACAGCCGUUAUUGAGCCCCUCAGCAGGUCGCAAGCGGUCACUGCGGCUUCGCCCCAAGCACAGAACCAAGGUCAUUGCCACGGCUGCCGCUCUGAUAGCGCUGUUUGUCGUAUAUCUGUCGUGGCCGUCCCACUACAAACCUCCCGAGCUGCCUAAAUAUCCAGCUCAUGUCCCAUUUCUGGGCGGGCCUACUUGGAAUCCGCAAACAAACCUGACUGCCCGCGGCUCUCACGGUGGUGUGGCGUCGGACUCUGCGCUAUGCUCGCAGCUGGGGGUUGAAAUACUCAAGAAAGGAGGGUUUGCUGCCGACGCGGCUGUGACCACUUGUUUGUGCAUAGGAGCCACAAACACUAUGUUUUCGGCAGGAAUUGGUGGGGGCGCGUUCAUCACCACCAUAAAACACGGCGAGGGGGGCGCCGUAUCGAUCGACGCGCGCGAGAUGGCCCCUGCAAAGGCGCACAAGGACAUGUUUAACGGCCGCGAGGUGCUUUCGAAAUUUGGAGGUCUGGCCGUGGCCAUCCCGGGCGAGCUACAAGGACUGUAUGAGCUGCACAGACUGCACGGCUCGGGCAACUUGAGCUGGGAAGAGCUGAUUCUGCCCGUUGUGGACGUUUUGGAAGCAGGGUUCGAGGUCGACGAGCUGCUGGCGUUGGCCCUGUCAACGUACAAGUCGUAUUUCCACAACCACAGGCACGACUGGGAAUUUGCUUUCAAAGACGGCCGUCUGCUGAGGGCCGGCGAAGUGAUGAAACGGCCGCAGCUAGCCGCGACACUGCGCCUGGUUGCACAGAACGGAUCGGCCGCAAUAUUCUACGACCCGCACGGGCCAAUUGCUCCCCAUCUCGCCCGCAAGGUGCAAAGGAUGGGCGGCGUGCUGCAGGCUGAGGACUUUGCACGGUACCAGGCCGUGGUUGAACCGGCCCUCGUGAUGAACAAUUUCUCGCGGCGCGCACUGGACAUUUAUACAAGCUCUGGCGCGUCGUCAGGACCGGCGUUGCUGUCUGGGCUCAAAAUCAUAGACACUUUUGAGCCGGCGAAAAAUAAAGACUUUUCUGUGAAGGAGUCGCACCGGCUCGUGGAGACGAUGAAGUGGCUGGCGAGUGUGCGGAGCAAUCUGGGAGACGUGGGGGUCUUGAGUGAUAACCAGACUGCCCGGGAGCUACGUGAUGCCCGGUAUUCACGGCUCACCAGCGAGGAAUGGUGUGGUGCCACUGCCGGAAAAAUCAACGACAACAGGACACUCCCGUGGCAGGCUUACGAACCUGCGUAUCAGCCCAACGAGCCGCACGGAACUUCGCACCUGAGCGUGGUGGACAGAUUCCAAAAUGCAGUGAGUCUGACCACGACUGUCAAUUUGCUUUUCGGUUCGCUGGUGCACGACCCCGUUACCGGAAUAAUUCUGAAUAACGAGAUGGAUGAUUUUUCCAUUCCCACGGCCAAGAACGCGUUUGGGCUGCAGCCCUCAGUGUACAACUACAUUGAGCCUUUCAAGAGGCCCCUGUCGUCGACGUCGCCAAGUAUUGUGGUGGACCGUGCGACGGGCAAGGUGGACAUGGUGAUUGGCGCAGCCGGCGGGUCCCGCAUCACCACUGCUGUUCUCCAGGCGCUGGUUAGAACGUACCACUACGACUUGGGGCUGCUCGAGACAAUUGCGUUUCCACGGUUGCACCACCAGCUGCUUCCAGAGACUUUAUUUGUGGAGAACCCGAAAAGUGAGCCGUUCGUGCAGGGCAUGAUCGAACUAGGACAUUCUGUGGAGACAAUAGACCACGCUACUGCAAUGAACGGGAUCCGGUUGCAAAAUGACACCAUCACGGCGCAGAGCGAUUAUUGGCGGAAGCUGGGCCAGGCCGCCUGUUACUAA